AAUAGCCGGAAGCCGAAGUACAGCGCUGUCGCGAACGCUCCGGUCCUAUACUCCUCCUGACAUCGAUUCCCGCACUACCUAGAUCUCGAACUCCCACCAUCGCCGCCGCCGCCCAUGGCGAAGGAGUUCCCCGUGCCACCGGUGGUCUUCACGCCGUCCACCCCAACACACCGCCGCCACCCUCCCCCGGGCAUGGGGGUCUCCCCUCCGCCCGCGUUCGCGCCGCCACGUCCCUCCACCUCAUCCGCCGCCAACCCGCUCCCUUUCAUGUCGUUCGAUGUCUCAGCUGCCGCGGCCUCCUCCUCCUCUGCGCCGCCCCUCUUCGCGGGGCCUAUCGGUGUCGGCGGUUCCGGCGCAUCCUUUGAGGACGAGCCGCCGCUCCUCGAGGAGCUCGGUAUCAACACGCGCCAGAUCUGGCGGAAGACGAUCUCCAUCCUCCACCCAUUCCGCUCCACCGACCCCUCCCUCCACGCCGACGCCGACCUAUCGGGCCCGUUCCUCUUCCUCCUCUCCUUUGGACUCUUCCAGCUCCUCGCGGGGAAGUUCCACUUCGGGAUCGUGCUCGGUUGGGUCACCGUGGCGUCCCUCUUCCUCUACUUCGUCUUUUCCAUGCUCUCGGGCGGCCGCCGCGGGGACCUCGAUCUUUACAGAUGCGUUAGCCUAGUGGGCUACUGCAUGCUGCCCAUGGUCAUCUUCUCUGCUGUGUCCCUCUUUCUGCCGCGCGGUGGCGGGUUCAUAUUUGGAGUAGGGAUGGCGUUCGUGAUAUGGUCCACCAGGGUCUGCACCAGGCUACUAGGAGAGCUUGCUUCCAGCGGAGACGAGCACAGGGGCCUCAUCGCUUAUGCGUGCUGGCUCGUCUACAUGCUCUUCUCAUUGCUCGUCAUCUUCUGAUACCGUUUAUGGCAUGGAAGUGCUAUGAUGCGAAACACCCUGCGUUGGUUUUGAUUUGGUGGCAACAGCUGCUCACCUCAGCAUGUGAGUGAUUGGAUCUGAUGACAGAGGAUCACAUGGUUGCCUGCUGCUGCUGCAAAAGUUGAAAUGACCUCUUGGAGUGUUUAGCUUGCUGCUGAUGCUUAAUCUGGCUCGGGGGAUGGAUGGAUGUUGCCAUCAAUUGUCCUCAUGUGGUGGCUGGCUGCCACCUCAACCUUGGUACUGUGUGCGGGAAUGUAAAAUCCUAUCCUGUCAUUUGUAUAAGGCAACAAAAGGUCGAAUAAGGUUGCUCGCCAUUUGCAGUGGUGCUUGACGAUACUCCCUAAACCAAUGGUGGCGCUCAAUCUUAUGGCACUUAGUCCAGCUGAGAUUCAGUCUGUGUUUCUCUUUAUGCACUCCAGGGUCAAUGGUCAAUGGCCUCAAGCUUAAGUCACCACAGUGCUAUGUACUGCCAUGCCUCUACACUUUGUUGGGUACUCCUGUCAUUGAACCCAGAUCAUGGAGGUCUGGAGCUGGAUUAGCCUUCCAAGAGUAUUGGUGAACGCUCGUCUCUUUAUCAGUCUUUGCUAGGUUGGGUCUGUUGGUGAGCUCUGUUAGUUCGGUUGUUAGUUGGCUGAUCCCUUGGUGAUCAGAAACAUGGGGGGUGGGUAGCAACUACAUUGUUUUCGUUGACACGGUAAUGAAAUUUGGUUUUACUGUGGUGGGGAAAAAAGUGAAUGCUCUUUUCUUUAUUGAUUGCUUGUCCUCUCGGUUAAUGGAAAUAGUACCUUUUAGCACAAUUGGUGAUGUGGUGAAGUGUAAGCAUAUGAAAAUGAUGAAUAUGUUGACCACGAUAAUAUUUGUUACCCGAUCCUUCA